GAUAACAACAAUGAUUCCUUUCAUCCAUUCAUAGUAUCACUUAUGACUGGGAUUCUGUCUUAUACGAAUACAAAUCCUUUUACAUUGAAGGUUUAUAAAUUGCCUGCUCUAGUAGAGACACAAGCGCAAAACUAUCAAACAACAAAUCCCUUUAAUAUAUCCUUUCACCAUGAAGACGACGGGGGUCAUCUCUCCGGCCACCACCUUCCACCACCACUCUUUUCUUGCAGCCACUUCUCAUCAUUGUCUUCCUCCGUCCACCACCAGAAGUGUACUUAAAAACAAUAAUUUCCAAUGCAAAGCCGUAUCAAAGUCGCAUACACAAGAAUACAGUGAUAUACUUCACAAGAACGGGGGGCCGUUAAUCAACUGGAACGAUGACAACGUGGGAGAUCACUUCGACACAAAUAAGAUUUUGCAUCCGAAUGGCGAGAUUAAACAGUUUAUCGAGACAAUUAAAGCGAUGUUGGGUUCAAUGAAUGAUGGAGAGAUAAGUGUGUCGGCUUAUGAUACGGCUUGGGUUGCACUAGUGAAAGAUGUUAAUGGCGGUGGUUCCCCGCAGUUUCCAUCAAGUUUGGAGUGGAUCGCAAACAAUCAACUGCCUGAUGGGUCUUGGGGGGACAGUGUGUUGUUUUUGGCUCAUGAUAGGAUUAUUAAUACGCUGGCUUGCGUAAUCGCGCUAACUUCUUGGAACGUUCAUCCUAGUAAAUGUGAAAAAGGGGUGAAAUUUCUUAAAGAAAACAUAUGUAAACUUGAAGACGAGAAUGAGGAACAUAUGCCGAUUGGUUUUGAAGUAGCACUCCCUUCGCUUUUAGACAUCGCAAGAAAGCUAAAAAUCGAAGUCCCGGAGGAUACUCCUGCCUUGAAAGAAAUCUAUGCGCAACGAAACCUAAAGCUCACAAAGAUACCUAUGGAAGUAGUGCACAAAGUGCCCACAACUUUACUUCAUAGUUUGGAAGGAAUGCCAGAUUUAGAGUGGGAAAAACUUCUAAAAUUGCAAAGUAAAGAUGGGUCAUUUCUUUUUUCUCCAUCAUCUACUGCUUUUGCACUCAUGAAUACAAAAGAUGAAAAGUGUCUUCAAUAUCUAACAAAUAUUGUUACCAAAUUCAACGGUGGAGUUCCAAAUGUCUACCCGGUGGAUCUUUUCGAGCAUAUUUGGGUAGUUGAUCGGCUUCAACGACUUGGUAUUUCUCGUUAUUUUGAGUCCGAGAUCAAGGAUUGUGUUGAAUAUAUCUAUAAGUAUUGGACAACGAAUGGGAUUUGUUGGGCGAAAAACUCUAGUGUACAAGAUAUUGAUGAUACCGCGAUGGGAUUUAGGGUGUUAAGAAUGCAUGGUUAUGAAGUUACUCCAGAUGUAUUUCGACAAUUUGAGAAAGAUGGUAGAUUUGUAUGCUUUGCUGGCCAGUCAACACAAGCCGUUACCGGGAUGUUCAAUUUGUAUAGGGCUUCUCAAGUACUCUACCCCGGAGAAAAAAUUCUUGAAGAUGCCAAGAAGUUUUCAUAUGAUUAUUUGAAGGAAAAACAGUCUGUAAACGAGCUACUUGAUAAAUGGAUCAUCGCGAAAGACUUGCCCGGCGAGGUUGGAUACGCGCUUAACAUACCAUGGUAUGCAAGCUUACCUCGACUCGAGACUAGAUUUUACUUAGAGCACUAUGGGGGCGAGGAUGAUGUUUGGAUCGGGAAGACCUUAUACAGGAUGGAUUACGUGAGCAAUACAAAGUACCUUGAAAUGGCUAAAUUGGACUACAAUAACUGUCUAGCCAUGCAUCAGCUCGAAUGGAACACUAUUCAGCGAUGGUAUGUGGAUUCUGGUAUCGAAAAGUUUGGGACUAGCAAUAUUACAAGCCUCUUAGUCUCAUAUUACCUGGCUGCAGCCAGCAUAUUCGAGCCAGAAAGGUCCGCUGAGCGAAUUGCGUGGACAAAAACCGCCAUGUUAGUCGACACCAUCUCCUCAUUUUUCGACUCGCCACAGCUCUCAAAUGAGGACAGAACAGCUUUUGUUAACGAAUUUAGAAACAGAUCGUCUUUCAAACAACAUUUCAAAAAUGAACCAUGGUAUGAGGUUAUGGUUGCACUACAAAAAAAUCUAUAUGAACUUGCUUUGGACGCACUCAUGGCUCAUAGUCAAGACAUCCACCCACAACUCCACCAUGCUUGGGAGAUGUGGUUGACGAGGUGGCACGAUGGAGUAGAGGUGACAGGAGAAGCGGAGUUGAUGGUGCAAACGAUAAACAUGACUGCUGGCCGAUGGGUAUCGAAAGAGCUCAUAACUCAUCCUCAAUAUCAACGUCUCUCAUCAAUCACUAAUAACAUGUGUCAUGAAUUAUCUAAGAUCCAUAAGGAGAACCACACCACAUGUGACAAUGGGACUAUAAGUUACCCUAUAAUAGAUUCCGAAAUGCAAGAGCUGGUGCGACUUGUAUUGCGCGACUCACCAGAUGGUCUUGAUCAGGAUCUGAAGCAGACGUUCCUAACGGUCGCAAAAACCUUCUACUACAAGGUGUACUUCGACCCAAAGACCAUUAAUGCCCAUAUCUCCAAAGUAUUGUUUGACAUUGUAAUUUGACAGAGACAGCAUUGAUAAAUCCCAUAUUUACUAGCAUAAUAAAAGAAAUAAAGUUUGGGAAAUACUAUCAGGAAAUUUAUGCUACAAAACUGGUUGUUUGUGA